UGUAGAUUUCUAUUUCCUCAUGAGAUCGUAGAAGAAUCGUACUAUGACGCAACUAGCAAGUCAGUUGUGUUUAAGUGUCGCGAUGGCACCGUGAACUAUUUCAACCCUUACAUACUUGUGUUUUGUAGGCACAAUCAUGAUUUAAAGUGUAUCCUGUCUGGAAGAGCAGCUAAGGUAGCAAUGUUUUACAUUACAGACUACAUCACAAAGUCUGACCUCAAAACUCAUGAGAUGUUGUUGUUGUUAUCUCGAGCCAUCACACAGGUGUCCUCCCACCCUCAGGAUUCCGAGGUUGAGGGUGCCAAACAGCUACUGCAUAAGUGUGUGUCCCAGUACAUCAGGCAGCAGCAGAUCCAUGCACAGCAGGCCGUGCGAUAUCUAAGAGGUUUCAGUGAUGAUAUCCCCUUGCAU